GAUCUGGUGUGUUGGAAACCCUAGCUCUGAUGUCGACUCUAAUGCCAAUCAGGACUCACCAGCUGUCCCCAGCGCACCAAUUCAAGCAACGCUCUCUGUCUCAGACUUGUUCGGGUUCGUCUUUCUUGAGGCUCAGAGCUCCAAGACUGCUUCACCGCAAUGGCGUUCUCGCUCGCGCCGAAGAUAAGGCUCGAGACUCAUCGUCAUCAUCUCCUUCGUCGACUCAGCAACAGCCCCAACUCAACUCCGAGAUUCAAAUUCUGGAGCUGAUACCAUCAUCUGGAGGUUGUGAUCCUUUGUGUUCAACCGAUGAAACAAGCUCAAUGGAUUUUGAGGCCACUUACAAGCCAAAAACUGAUUUGCAGAAAGCUCUCGCGGUUUUUGCAGCUGCUGCAAUGGGGGCAGUGGCAAUUAAUCAGUCAUGGGUUGCUGCUAAUCAGGAUGUUGCUAUGGCACUGUUAUUUGUAAUAGGAUAUACAGGCAUAAUUUUUGAAGAAUCUUUUGCCUUCAAUAAAAGUGGAGUUGGAUUAUGUAUGGCUGUGAGUUUGUGGGUUGUACGUAGUAUUGGGGCUCCUUCAACUGAUAUAGCCAUUUCAGAGUUAUCACAUGUAUCUGCUGAGGUCAGUGAAAUAGUAUUUUUCUUGCUUGGAGCAAUGACCAUCGUGGAAAUAGUCGAUGCUCAUCAAGGAUUUAAGUUGGUUACUGACAUUAUAACAACUCGAAAGCCGAAGACUCUUCUUUGGGUGGUUGGUUUUGUAACUUUUUCCCUCAGUUCGGUCCUUGACAACCUGACAUCCACUAUUAUUAUGGUUUCCCUACUGCGUAAACUAGUACCCCCAUCAGAAUACCGCAAGCUUCUAGGGGCUGUUGUUGUGAUAGCAGCAAAUGCUGGUGGUGCAUGGACUCCAAUUGGUGAUGUUACCACUACUAUGCUGUGGAUACAUGGUCAAAUAUCUACAGUGCAGACAAUGAAGGACUUAUUUAUACCUUCUGCAGUUUCUUUGGCUGUCCCACUCGCUCUUAUGUCACUUGCUAGUGAAAUGAAUGGGAAGGGACAGGACUCAACCAAUGUUUUGGCAUCUGAACAGAUGGCACCUCGAGGACAGCUUGUUUUCUCCGUUGGAAUUGGAGCACUAGUUUUUGUCCCCGUGUUCAAGGCUGUAACAGGUUUGCCUCCUUACAUGGGUAUGCUGCUUGGACUCGGAAUUCUUUGGAUUCUAACAGAUGCUAUCCAUUAUGGUGAAUCCGAAAGACAACAGUUGAAAGUACCCCAAGCUUUAUCACGAAUUGACACCCAAGGAAUCCUAUUCUUCCUUGGGAUCCUUUUGUCUGUCGGCAGCUUGGAGGCAGCAGGGAUUCUUCGGGAACUGGCAAAUUACCUUGAUGCCCAUAUUCCAAACGUUGAACUGAUUGCAAGCACAAUAGGUGUCGUUUCAGCAAUCAUAGACAAUGUCCCAUUGGUCGCAGCGACAAUGGGAAUGUACGAUCUCACUUCCUUCCCCCAAGAUUCGAAGUUCUGGCAGUUGGUUGCAUAUUGUGCCGGUACUGGUGGGUCCAUGUUGGUAAUUGGCUCUGCAGCAGGAGUUGCGUUUAUGGGAAUGGAAAAGGUGGAUUUCUUUUGGUACUUGCGAAAGGUAAGCGGUUUUGCUUUUGCUGGUUAUGCCGCUGGCAUUGCUGCCUAUUUAGCAGUUCAUAAUCUCCAUCUCUCUCUCCCAAUAUCUCUAGCUCAGGCCCCUUUCCUUUCAGGUUCAUAAAUCAAUAGUGAGGGCAGUGCAUUUGAUGUAAUACGGAUAUUCACAGUGGCUUGAUCAAGUGAUAUCUGAAUCAGUAGAAUGUUCAGGAACACAAAGUAUCAUAUGUAUGCAGAAGUUCAUGUAAAGAAAGCAUGGAGAGAAUAAUUGAUAAAGGUUUUGAAUAGAUGUUGUGGCAAAAGUUGAGGUUGGUAAGAGAUAACGACUUCGAUGAUUUAAGGCUUUGUUUGACUUAUUUAGUUUUAUUUAUUUUCAUCUGAAAUUUUUUAUAAAAACAUUAUAUUUAGUUCAA